CAGAGCCGCCCUCGGGGCUGAUGAUGACAUGGCCCUCGAAGACAAGAUCCUCCGGUCUUCCCUCACUGCUUGCAUUGCCCUCGGCGAGCAGGCCCGGAGGCUGGAGGAGUGGCGCCUGCACAAGGCUGAGCAGGACGCGAACAUGAAGGAACUUGUUCACCAGAACUCUGAUGCCAUCAGGCAAAUGGCUGCGCUGGAGGAGAGCCUUCGGCAGAGGCCGCUGCGGGCAGAGGCCGCUGACCGUGGCAAGGCCGAGGCUGAGAGGUCCGCAGUAGAAGCCCUUGAGAAGGCCGCCAAGGCGGAGGCCAUUGCCAAGGCAUGGGAGGAGGCCAUCUCCGGAUUCCUGGCGGAGGGGUGGAAAGCCGAGGGGCACAAGCAGUGGCUAUUCUCGGUUGUGGAGUCCUCUGUUGAUGAGUGGUGCGACGGGCCCGGCGUAGAGUGGGUUUCCCAGAAGGGCCAGAAAUAUUAUGAUGGGGGUGAGUUUUUUACUCAGGCCCUCAUCUACCGGAGGAUGGCCCGUCAUUUGAAAAUCGACCCGAAGGACUUCGACCCGACAGCAUAUGGCCUCCCUCCCCUACAGCCAGAUGUUCGUGUUCCCCUCCCUCCGGAUGUCCAAAGGCCAGACCUAGAAGACACAGAGCUGAUGAAGGAGGUCGAGGGCGACAAUGAGGAGGCUGGAGUAGAGGUCACCUCGAAGCCUGCUGAGGAAGCAAAGGCUGAGUGAGAUUGUACUUAGUAAUUUUUUGAACAGCUUUGUAAUGAACAUCUGUAUGCUUUCGGCAUCAACCCUCCUGUAAUAGACACCUUAACUUUUCUUUCCCUUUAAUGGAUGAAUGUCUG